GCCCGGCACGUCACGAUUGAACCCGCCAUUCUUACAUAUCCAUGCUCCAUACUUUCUGGUUACCUACCAGCCAUCUACACGCCAUUAAACAUCGCGAGCUUUAAUACAACGCCUGCUACUAGACACCAUAUCGCGCCAGCUGCUCAUUUCAAGUCUUGACUACUACUAGUCUUGAAUUCUAAAGCAAAGCAACGCGCCUACAACGAAAAAAACAAAACAUGCCGCCCGCACGAACAAGAAAGCGCAAGUCGGAAGACUCAGUCGCUGACGAAAACAACACGCCCGGAGCUGAAGCAGGAGAAAGGAUACCGACAAAGACAGGGAGCCCCGUGAGGACGCCGACCGGCCAAGGUCCCGCGAAGAGGAGGAAACUCGGAAUCACGAUGGCUCAAAAGCAGGCCCUCAUCGAUAACCUACAGCUCGAGAUCACCGAACGAGCAAGGAAGCUUCGCGCUCAGUAUAAUCUUCAAGCACAAGGUCUGCGGACGCGCGUCGAAAUACGCGUCAACCGCAUCCCGAUGGCGCUGCGCAAGGCAAAGAUGGGUGACCUGGUAGCGAAAUACACGGGUGGAGGCAGCUCAACAACACAGCACGCGUCAAGCCGACAUGCGGCGGCUGCUUCUCAGCGUCCGCCGCCAGUCCCAGAAAAGGAUGUUCCACCUAAGCGACCCAUGUCGCAAGCAUCUACAACAGCUGGGAACGUGUCGAGGGGUCCAGGCAGGCCACCAAAGCGGCUCAGCAACGAAAUGGCCGGCUUCAACAAGGAAAACGUCGAUGCCAACAGCCCGAAAAAGCGCGUCCGGGCCUCACCAGCCCCCGACGUUUCUCACAACCCAUCCCAAGUGCUCUCUCCCACAUCGUCAAACACUCGCAUCGUGCCGCGCAAGCGCGUACCGCCAGGAUCAUCCACAACAGAACAACAACCACCCCGCCCGGCGUCGCCAGCAAAAUCUUUUAUAGCCCGUCCAGCAUCCCCCAUGAAGAAGCCGUCCCACAACAACCUCCUGAGCAACAUGGUCGAGAAGGCCCGGUCGACGCGGGCAGCCGCGACGCGGAAGACGACAACCUCAUCCACUGCCAGCUCGGCCGCCGGUGGCGGGACGACUAGGACUAGAAAGGCUGCUGCCGCUACUACGGCCACAGCAGCGUCACGUGCCGCCGCGCCAUCCAGGACUGGGAGAAGAGUUAGUGGCAUCAGCGAGUCCAGCGAUGGGAGCACUGCGACCGUGGUUAGGAAGAGGCCUGCCACCACCGCGUCGCAGGCGUCGACUAGAACGGCCGCUCCUGCGCCAGCCAAGCGGACUGUCAUGGGAACCAUCAGGAAAGGCGUUGCUGGUGCGACGACACGCAAGGCUCCCGCCACCAAGGCCCCGCCGGCACCAACCACUACUACCGGCCGUGUGUUGCGAAAGCGCACAUGAAGUCUGUUUUUAUAUGCGCCUGAAGCGCUACGAACACAAACAUGGAAACACCAAACAACGAUGUGUUGGAAUGUUGCAAAAACGGGUUACGAUCGUGGUUUUAUUUCUUGUGGGGAGCACUGAUGCUCGUGUUUUCUUUUUGUUCUUGAUUUUCUUCCGAGAAGCUGGUUAGAUCAGUCUUGGGAACAUGAAAUGGCGUUUAUGGACAGUGAUCAAACCACUACAUUACAGCGGGGUUUUCACCCUCUAUCUCCACAAUCUUCACCGUCUGACAUUUGUGUCUGUUAGUAUACGUUUGCGGGUUUUUUGUUCAGUGUUUCGGAGUUCGGUGUAUGGGUAUCAUCGUCAACAGGAUUGGCCAGAUUGGCUGACAGUUGAACAAAAGUGGUUGUUUGAGCAGGUAGCCCUGCGUGCGCCGCAGUGUACAUGACUUUUCCCAAGACACCCUGAUGGCCUACGUAAGUCCAUAUUGACCUGUGUUCUUGAUCCCUGGUGUCCUGGUCUGCCCUUAAGGCGACCGAUCGACGUAUAUAAACUUUCCCCUAGUGGCCACGCCAACCUAGGGGAUAUUCCAUGGCAAAAUGCCGUUUACGUGAACGUA